CUGGUGUUUUUUUUUUGCAAGACCACCACAUCCCACCGCUCACACGCACACUCAUUCUCUUUGUGCAUAUUAUUAUGAAUCGUUGGAAGUGAUUUUUCAUAUUUCUUCAUUUUCCGCUUUUUUGUUUUGCAGUUGGUUUAAGGUGUUGGUUUUCCAAGGUUGUUACGUUUCGACUUUCGUUUCUCCCCUGUUCACUCACUACUGGUAGGCUGGCUAGCUCUAAUCUUGCCAGAACCUCUUAGCUGCAUUCCUCGGAAUCGCGGCUGUUGACCUUGUCGAAAUACCCAGUUCGUUUUUUCUUUUGGCCUUUUCUUCAGCCUCACAUCCUAACUCCAACAGCUCUCUCACCUGGAUAGCUUCGUGGUACCGUGCAUGAGUGUGUGAGUGUGUGGCUAUCGUUGAGUUCCAAUUACCAAUUAGCCUGCUCACCCCACAAAUCUUUCAAUCAUGGCUGGAGUUAAGGAUAGUAUAAAGGAUUCCCUCAGGGGAACCAUUGUGCCGGAUCCAACCUUGCCAGUUACAUCCCGGAUCAGGGCACACUUCCACCAUCAUUCUAGAAUUGAUAGCGAGACAGAAGAGCGAUAUAUGAACGAGGAGGAUUUCAUCAAUGCCAUUGCCCCCGUACAUGAAGACUAUCACAAAAUUAAACGCGAACAAUACGGUAUCCUAUUCCGAGUUGCCGACCGACGAAAGACUGGCAAAGUAAACCUGCAUGAUUGGGCCGCGUUCGAGAAUCUAAUUGCCAAGCCCGAUGCGGAAUAUGAGAUUGCAUUCCGUUUGUUUGACGUUGAGGGGACGGGCGCGAUUAAAUAUGAGACGUUCCAAAAGCUAUAUAAGGAGAAUACGGGGAGCGAUAGUAUCCCCUUUGACUGGAACUCGGAAUGGGCAUCAUUGUAUACAGGAACGAAGAAGCGACGGCAUGACAUGACCUACCCUCAAUUUGCACAGAUGCUCCGUGGCCUCCAGGGCGAGAGAAUACGCCAGGCAUUCCACCUUCUCGAUAUGGAUGGGGAUGGAUACAUCGAGCCGGAGGAUUUCCAGCGUAUCAUACUGAAGACCUCCAAACACAAGCUUUCAGAUCAUGUGCUAGAUAAUCUACCCUCCCUGUGUACUAUUAGCGCGGGAAGUAAGAUUUCGUAUGCAAACGUCCGCGCUUUUCAGAAUAUAAUACGAGAGAUGGAUAUGAUCGAUAACAUCGUCCGCAGCGCCAUCAGCAAGAGUCACGAUGGCAAAAUCACCCGCACCGAUUUCCUCAACGAAGCCGCUCGCAUAGCGCGCUUUUCUCUCUUUACCCCUAUGGAGGCUGAUAUCCUCUUCCACUUUGCCGGUCUCGAUACACCCUCGGGAAAACUCUCCUUAAACGAUUUUGCGAAAGUCGUAGACGCUUCAUGGCAUUCUACAGCUGCUGCGCUCGGUAAUGCUGCGGUGGAAGGCGCCACGCAAGCCGCAGACAAGGCCACUACCAAAUCGAAACAGGUCCUCCAUAGUAUCUUGGAGUCGGUGCAUCAUUUUGGUCUGGGCAGCAUUGCAGGUGCCUUUGGUGCAUUCAUGGUCUACCCCAUUGACCUUGUCAAGACGAGGAUGCAGAACCAGAGAAGUGCACGUGUCGGAGAAAGGUUGUAUAGCAAUUCGAUCGAUUGUGCGAGGAAAGUUAUUCGGAAUGAAGGUGUUCUUGGCUUGUAUUCGGGUGUGGUACCGCAAUUAAUUGGCGUUGCCCCUGAAAAGGCCAUCAAACUCACGGUAAACGAUCUGGUUCGCGGGACGUUCACGGACAAGCAGACAGGGAAGAUCCCAUUGCCGUGGGAAAUUUUUGCAGGUGGUGCUGCUGGUGGAUGCCAAGUGGUUUUCACAAACCCCUUAGAGAUCGUGAAGAUUCGUCUGCAAGUCCAAGGAGAGAUCGCCAAGAGCGUUGAGGGUGCGCCACGUCGAUCAGCCAUAUGGAUCAUCAAAAAUCUGGGAUUGAUGGGCCUGUACAAAGGAGCUAGCGCCUGUUUACUACGUGAUGUGCCAUUCUCCGCCAUUUAUUUCCCAACCUACGCACACUUGAAAUCCGACUUCUUUGGCGAAUCCCCCACAAAGAAACUAAGCGUAAUCCAGCUCUUAACCGCCGGUGCCAUCGCUGGUAUGCCAGCCGCCUACCUCACGACACCAUGCGAUGUCAUCAAGACGAGAUUGCAAGUCGAAGCCCGCAAAGGCGAAACGAAAUACACCUCCCUACGCCACUGCGCGAAGACGAUAAUGAAAGACGAAGGCUUCCGCGCGUUCUUCAAAGGCGGCCCGGCACGUAUCUUCCGCUCGUCGCCGCAGUUCGGAUUUACGCUUGCUGCCUAUGAGGUUCUGCAGAAAUGGCUACCGCUUCCGGGCAGUCAUGCAGAAGAAGUUACGCCCAUCGGCCACAUCGAGCCGGGGUUGGGUCAGCGGGCGACAGGGCCUCUGCCGUAUAUCCGGUCGCGGAACGCGCUGAAACUCAUUCUUGAUUUGGAUGAGAAUUUUGGCCGGAUCAAGGUGCCCAAGGGCGCGGCGUUGCCUGGUGGUGCUGCAUGAACAUGAUGAAGCAGACAGAGUGAUCCUCCUCUUGCUGCCCCGUCCCCUAACCUCAUUUCACCACCGUCUCUUUGCUCAAGUUUUUUGCCAUAACGCCAUAGAUUUUGUUUAUUAAUUUUAUUAUUCAUCUAAAUCUCUUAGUCGACCUCCUUUCUUACCCCAGCGGCGUCGUUGCAUACUUCCCAUUUCACACAUAAAUCCUCUAAUGAAAAAUCAUUUGCUUGCAUUCUCUU